AUGGCGCGGAAGUUGUUGAUAUUGUUCAUGCUGUUGUUAUGGUCCUUUCCAUCCGUAUCCAUCGACUUUUCGAUCCCUUAUGUGACUCCUCAGGAUUGUCAGGCAAAUCAGUACUUUCAAUUCUCGUCGUUGCGCUGUAUUGACUGUCAAACACCCGGUCAAAAACGUGCCGAAGACAUGCUUUCAUGCGUCUGCGAAACGGGAUACAAGACAACGUCUUAUAAUGGUGGACCUACGGUUAACUGCGAAAAAUGCGACUCCACGGGUUCAUCAAACAGCACAAGUUCAUAUGAUGGCAGUUUCUGUAUCAAUUGUCCGGAAAACGUUGGUACCUGCCAGAACUGUCCAGCCAAUUUCUUCGCUUCUGACCGAAGCCAAGAUGGCAGGCGAUUGACGACAAGAAGGUGCAUUUCUUGUGUGGGAGACACAAUAGCGACAGGUGUGAUUGAAAAACCAACCUGCCAGCGCUGUCAUUCAAGCUUUUUCAUCUUCAAUGAUACUUUUUGCUCAGAUUGUAACAACGUGGAUGGGUACACCACAUCUGGAGGAAUAUGUUUUCGGGAGACGAGAUUACUUACACAACCGCUUUCCGAUGUUAAUGACAAAGUAAAAUACAGCGACAAAGAAAUUUUGUCUUCUUUUUUCCAACAACAUUUGAAAGCUGCUCAAAUACUUUGCAGCGAUAAUUCCAAUUUCACCGCGUGUCAGUUGUUGGGGAACCUGUGCGUGAUGCUUGAAUAUACUCAGAGUGGUAAUGAUGCUUGCAAACUGUUUACAGAUCUGGUUAACAUCAGAAAUGCAGAUGAAAUUGUUAACGGUGAUAAUCGGGAUUGGCUUGUCGUCAUGCCGUGGUUAUUUUAUGAAAAGUCAGUUGAUAAUGCACCUCAAGCCCUUGACAAGAAAGACAUAACCAAACCAUUUCAAUCAAGUGAGGAAAUGAGCUUUAUUUUUGCAGUUUUUGCUCUUAAUGGUUCAUUUAUUGGUUUUGAAGAAGGCCUUGAUGUUUUGCAGUUAUGUAAAGACCGACCAUCAAAAAUGGCAGCAGCAUUGAAGUUUGCUACCACAUACAAAUCAACUUGUUCAGUGGCAGUGAAAGACCUCAUUAACCAACCAAUGUUCCUUUACGACAUGUACCUUGUGCUGGAUCAAAACCUCUAUCCUGUUCCUUUACUUGUUGAGAACUACUUGUCAGGAAAUGAAAAAGUGAAUGAAGGAACUGACAGAACAAAAUGGCAGUUAACGAGAAGGUUUUUCAUUGUUGAUAAUCUAAUUGGACGAUCUGACAACCAAGAGUUAAAAUGGAUUCGUUAUCCUGAGGAGAUUGAGCUCAGCAUACGAGUGCGUUCAACUGAUGGUGAGAUCUACCCUCCAAUGUUACGUAUCAGGUACAAAGCUUUGGAUGUCCAAGACGAAGAGAUAAAAAAUGGGAACCAGGAUGCCUCUUUUGCAGUCACUUAUGAAAUGGAUACAAGCAAAAUUGAGAAAGAUACAGAGGUAUUAAUUUUCAUGAGGGUCUGGAAGGAUAUUUUCGGGAUUCAGGAUUUGACUGUUCCCCGGGAACCGGGACUCGCCAAAAAUUGGGCACGGGAUGCCCGUUGCCCCGGGCGAGCAUGGUUUCUUCUUCUUCCAAGUGUAAAUGUUCACUGGAAGUGUAAGUGUGCUGCUCACUAGUACAUCACUAAAAAUUAAAAAAAUUCCUAUCGUGCUCUUUCUUCAUACUGAGGUACAAAAAGCUAUUUCUUUUUGCAGAAGCCUUUAAAAACACGCGUAAAUUCAAAAUAUCAAUCGAAAGGAUCAACCUACAUCUUACAUUUAUUAGCUUUUGUAGAAAUUAGACUUUUUAAUGUAUUUUUGUGGGAAAGAAAAGCGGGAUUCGGGAAACUGAUGAAAAACGUGCAGGAUGCGGGAUUCUCGCGAAAAAGGGGCUGGAAUGCGGGAUCAGGACCCCCCCUUCCAGACCCUCUUUCAUAUUUACGGUUUGUUAACUUAUUCACUCCUGAGUAUUUCACUGAAAAACUUUUGUUUGAAGCUAAAAGUUUUAAGCUAGUGGAGCCAUUUUUGCAACAUAACAGUACUAGUUGUGAUGAAUGGUUUUGUUUGAAAGCUCAUGGUUUUUGAUGGACAUUUGAUGUCCAAAUUUUGGUUCACUGUCACUUGUCAUGAUAUGUCAUGACAUAGUAUCUAUCUGCUUUUUGUUUUUUUUGUUUUUUUCGACGAAAUUAAUAAAAAAAAUUCAAAAAUAAUUAGACUAAAAGAAACAAAUAUAUAUAAAAGUACACAAGAUGUCAAGAUGAACACGCUAUGAUAUUAUGACAGUUAGUCAGUUUUCAUUUUGAAAUGUAUGAGAAAACGGGAACUGCAACUAAUAAGUGCGCUAUUUUCUCUAAAGCGGCAGCUAAACCUGAGGUCGCGGAAAACUGGAGAAGGCCAUGGAAAUAGUCACUGAAAGUCAUGAAAUUUGAAGAGCUUAAAAGAGUACAAACCCUGUACAUUUGUACUU